AUGUUGCCAGUACUCAAAUCGGAAGAUGGGGGUGACAAUCCUAUCACAAUAAGGUCGUGGAACCCGAAGUACUUAACGAACUGUUCGGCGUCUGCGGCGCGCACCAGCGACCACGCGCUGGUCACAAACAUGACAGGCACCACGCUUGUCCCAUACAACAAUAAUGUUAGCAUAGCUAUAAUCCUUCAAAUGAAGUCAGGUCGUAACUUCAAGUUGACUUACAAGAUCUGCGAAGUAGUCCAAGUUAAAUGGUUAACGGACUUUAUGAAGAAAUAUACCAACUUACCUCACACGUGUCCUUUUAAACCGGCUACAUACAACUUCUAUAAUAUGCAUUUGCCGCCAAAAAACAUGCCCAUUCCUAUUCCGGAGCGAGAUUUUGAAGUCAUCCUGCAAGUGUUUGUAACGAACAGCAAAGAGAUGAUUAUUGAUAUUGUUACAAAAUUUGGCAAAGUAUUAAUAAAAAAAUUAACGUAA